AUGCGACAUGUGGAGGCUGAGGGAGGCCAUGAUGCUUGGCCAGAAGUACUCAUUGAGGGCUGGGAAUUCAUGAAUAGGCUCAGCGUCGAGCUGCCUGUGGCGCUCGUCCUGCGAGAGCAGAUCUUCCAGUGUUGGGCCCGUGCUGAGGGUUUGGAGAAGCCCUUGGAGCUCGAGGAGUUGCUACAAUUCUCGUUGCAACAGGAACUAGGUUCCUUGGGCUUCGCAGAGUGGAGUUCUUCAGGUCGAUCUGAGGAGCCGGGUGACUCCGUCUUUACCCUCCAUGCCGCAGGCGAAUAUUUGGGGACUGCCAACAAAGCCUUGCAGUCUCUCCAAUCAAGCCAGGAAAAGGGCGGCAGGCCCUCAGGACGGUCAAAGAAGCGACGUCGAGAGGAGCCAAUGGACCUGAACUCUGCUGGUAUCGUGCAGGCACUGGAAGGCCUUACACCGGAGGAGCUGUGUAGCAAGCUGGGCCUGGCAGACCUGAAGGAAGGCUUCGAGAUAGAUGGGACCCAGAGCGCCACUUUGCAGUGGCGGAUCAGCCGACAGGAGGGAAUCUUCCUCCGCGGCCGUUACGUGAAGCUUUCACGGAGGCUCCCGCAGUCGCCAUGGCUCAUCGAGGGCGAACGUAAGGGCGAGGGCUCCGUGGAGGAAGACUUGGCCCAGCCGGUAGCCAAACACUUGGGCGCCUCAGAGGUCCGCUUUCACGCGGAGGGGCGGGAGGACAUCGAUGUUCGUAUGCUGGGUGCAGGGCGGCCCUUUGUGCUGGAGGUGCGAAAUGCCCGGCGCGUGGCGGUGGACGUUGCUGAGUUGCAAGCAGCCAUCAAUGCCGCAGGCAGCCGCGUGGAAGUGGGAGAAUUGCGGCGGUGCGAGGUCUUCCUGUGCCAUGGCGGCAGAUGGCACAGGUUAGAACGGUCGACGGCGACGGUGGCUGCCUACCAUCUAGUGGCUUCAGAGAAGCUUUGGAGGCAGUUUCCUCGGCUGCGCCACUUGUUCGGGAUGAGAGACAGAGAUGAGGACAUUGAUGAGACCAGUGAGUCCAUCGACCGCUCAGAGCGCUUCCUGCUGCGAGCAGAGGCGUUUGGGGCGGUCUUUGGUGGACGCAGCCUCCGCGGCGCAGUGGUCGAAGGUCUUUUGGUGAAGAAACAGGGCAACUGGAGCACGGGAUAUGUGGGGAAUAGGGAUGGAGUCUUGGAGACACUGAAGGAGCCCUUGAAGACCUCCAAGGAGCUCAUCGACCAACGCUCCACCGUCGGCGCGGACCGGUUCCCCCGAGGCCUCGAAGCGCUGUGGCAGCGGUUGCUGCGCCUGGCGCGGCAGCCGAGCUCCCAGGAGGCCACGUUGGCGGUCGUGGAGACCUGCGCCUCGGCAGUCGAAGGAGAGAGAGGCGCAAAGGCGGCGCGGCAAGGCGCAGAGACAGCGGCGCGGCAGAGCAAUCUCUUGGAUUCUUUGGGCCUGAACCGCUCGCGCCUGGGCGCCCCAGUGCGCCAGAGCUUGAAGGAGCUCACGGACGACGUGAAGCGCGGCCAUGCGGUGAAGGGCGCAGUCCAGGUGCUGGCUGGCCUUUUGCAGUUCAUCAGCGCCACCGCCCCUGGCACGUCACACACAACUCGGUCGUCUUCGGCGCCGCAGUGCGACGAUGACGGCGACGUGGUUGCUGCGUGGGAAGCAGCGUCAGCGGUGCAGGAGGACACGCCAACCACUCCCAGCACAGCAGCUUCCAGCCCACCGCUGCCGACGCCUUUGCCGAUGAAGUCCUCGCAGGAGCCGCUCCUCAUAGAAACGACCUCCAUCUUCGAGGACCUUCUGCCUCUGGACAUGCCGCCGUCGCCGGACCGCUCCGCGGACGAGACUAUCCGCCGCGCCCGGGCGUGGCUCAGCUCGCGCGGCCUCGCGCCGAGUGCCGCGCCGAGUGCCGCGGCGAGUGCCCCGCGGGAGGUCGGCAGCAAGAGGGCUGGUGUGUGCGCUGCGCGAGGGAUGAGCAAGAAGGAUGCUCCUGCCGCCGUCGAGAGUGUCUCCGCAGCUCCGGAAGCGCGGCACCGGUGCCGCAGCGCGGGUUCCGCCAGCGUGGCACCGAAGGCGAGGAGAUGGUCGGAAUCCAAGCUUCAGCCUCCGGGCUCUUGGUUGCGCCAGCGGACGCCCAGCAGCUCCUCCCUCACGCGCACGCCGCGCGCGAGCAGCAGCACCCGCACUCCUCGCGCGAGCAGCAGCACCCGCACUCCUCGCGCGAGCACUGGAAGUAGUGCGCGGCAGAUGUCCUGGGCGGCGGAGGUACGAAAGCAUGAGGCGUUGAGCGAUCGCUUGAAGGCGAAAGCUGCAGCGGAUGGCACGGGACAGGUGCCAUGUCCGGAGGCUGUGAGGACAGCCCAGCGUCGUGCGCGGAAGGCGCAGAAGAAGCAAGCGGAGGAGGCCACCCAGGAGCUGCAGCUGCGGCUCCACCAGGGACAACUCGUGGCGCUGAAGACCGCGGAGCUCUUCCGCGAACGUGACGCGCAGCGGGCGCACCGCCAGGAGAGGAGUGCGCAGCGGUCUCGGCAGGGGUCUUUGCAGCGGUCAGAGGGUUCCUGCCGCGGCCGCAGCGUGAGCCCGGACUUGACGCCACGCUUCUUGGUGCCGGCGCCGGAGCCAUGCCCACGACGGAGUGACAGCGAAGGGCAGACCAAGAGUGCGUGGAGCCCGCUGUACCCGCCGUGCCCCGUAGGCAGCGGAUAUGGCAGGGCAGCCCAGCUCCAACGCGAUGCCGAGACGCAUCGGAAGAGGUUGAUGCUUUGCCGCAGUUUCAAGUCAAAGGCGGAGUGGUUGGAGCGGGCGAGCGGGAGGGGCGAGCGAAAGAUGAGGAAGGACAAGACCCGCUUGCUCCAGUUUUGCCUGUCUGUUGACUUGAUGGAAAAGACCGUUGAGCACCUCUGGUUCAAAGCUUCGGUCUUCGCGACCUCCCAACCCGCCGGUCCGGACCAACCGGAUCACGUCUCGAAGGUGUGCCACUGGCGUUGGGAAGUACUUCAAAGUCUGGGCUUGGUUCCAGAGGAUGUCUCGUACCAUCCAUCGUUCCAAGAACUGCACAGACAGAGCUCCGAGAGCCAUCUGAGUUUCCAGCUCCGCCAUCACGGGCGGAGCAAGGCGCUCGGUGAGUCGCCCCGGUCGGUGCGGUUCAAGGUGCCGGAGGUGGAAAUCCCAGGGCUUCCACUUUCUCCACGUCCUAGCCAGCCACCUGAAGACCCUACAAAGCGCAGGUAUUUGUACCUCUCUGGUCGCUUUAACACGGACAAGAAGUUCUGGUACAUCCAGAGGAUCAAAGACUUGCUGAUCGCCCACGAUGUUCCGGCCUUCACCUGUGAGCCGGUGCCCGGAAAGGAUCUGGACACCGUGACCAAGGAAGGUCUUGCUGCGGCCAAAGUGCUGGUGGCCUUUUGCUUCGAGGACUAUGGGGAACGGACCUUUGGGCUGAACUAUGAGACCUUUGAUGAGCUGAAGUACGCCCGGGCACAGAAGUUGAAGAUCAUCCCCGUGAAGCUCUCGGGGAUCUAUCCUCCCCGCCCCCCGGGCGAGGGUGCGCAGCAAAACGCUGAGAUCUUGAGAGAGAGUCUCGUGUACAUCGAUGGCAUGACGAAAUCCUUGGAACAGGUGGAAGCAGAAAUCCGGAAGUGUUGGUUCAAGUUCCAGUCGGGUAGAAGUUCCACAGACACCCCGGAGGAUGUGCACUACAUACAGCGAAGGCACCUUUACUUGUCCGGCUACUUCAAGAAGGAGGCCAACUAUCGCUAUAUGAGGAAGGUGAAGAACCUCUUGGAUUCUCACAACAUCCCAACCUUCAGCUGCGAACCGAUGCCAGGCGAGGACUACCUGGACGUGACGACGGAGGGCCUGGCGGCGGCCAAGGCCGUGGUGGCCUUUUGCUUCGAGAACUACGGCAGCCCAGAACACGGCUUCACGUACCAAGAGCUCAAAUACAUUGCUGAGAAGAAGCUCAAGGUGAUCCCCAUCAAGCUCCACGUGGACUACCCGCCGCAGAUCUCCAAUCCCUUCGGCAAAGAGCUCAUCGCGCAGGUCUUCAAAGACUCCCUCUACAGCAUCGACGGUCGCUCUCUCGAUGAGUAUGAUGUGUCGGAUGAGCUGCAGCGGAUUUGGCUGAAGUUCUCCCAAGACUCCCAGGGCAUGCCCGAGGACGCGGCGGGACAGCGGAGGCACCUGUACCUCUCGGGGCGCUUUAACUCGGAUCACAAGUUUUGGUACAUCCAACGCCUCAAGGACCUGCUGGACGCCAGCGGGAUUCCCACCUUCGUGUCGCCCAGUGAGGAUCGCGGAGAGCUGCCCAUGCACGGCUUGGCCAACUCCGCGGCCUUGGUGGCCUUUUGCUUCGAAGAUUAUGGCGAAUGCACCGGCUUGGGCUUCGACUCUUUUGGAGAGCUUAAGUACGCCUUCGAGAACAACUUGCGCAUCAUCCCCAUCAAGCUGGGCCACCGAUAUCCCCCGGAACCGCCGGAUGUCAAGGGACGACAGCAGAAUGCGGAGAUCUUCCAGAGAAUUUUAUACAUUGAUGGGAAGAAGCUGGACGAUCGAGAGGUGGUGGCCGAAAUACGAAAGCUAUGGUUAAAGUCCUGA